UCUCCAUGUCAUCAUGGAUCGCUGUAAGAGAAGCACUCAAAGCAUGAGUGAGAGGUUUACAGUUUACUGUAAGGGUUCAAACCUUCAAGGAGAGUCAGGCAUACGCAGUGUAAUCACUCCCUGUUUUCCACUUAAAAGCUGCUGGUUUUGCGUUUUAUCAUCACACGUUUUGUUUUUAUUCACAAGCUGAAAUAAAGGUCUCAUGGACACAAGAUCUGCACCAUGCCUGGUUAAUAGCAUUUCUCGAUUCAUUCAUCUGGUUGCCUUCCAGACUGUGAAAUUUGUGCCUGUGCAGAAGCAUUAUCAAUAUAUGGUCAGUAUAUUGAACGUCUUAAAGCCUGUGCUUAAUGAAGUUGUUGAUUCCAAAAUGCCUUCAAAUGAAUUUCUACUUAAAGAAUGCGAGGAAUUGGAUUUGGCUGUCAAUGAGGCUAGAGAGUUCAUGGAGAAGUGGAAUCCAAAGAUGAGCAAGAUAUAUAGUGUUGUGCAGAGUGAGCCAUUUGCAAGAAAAAUCCAGAGUUCUUCACUGGAAUUUUGCCACAUAUUGUGUAGGUUUCAUCAGUCAUCUCCACCUAAUUCCCAUUUAACCAGUGUUCAGUAUUGCAUUCAGGAGCUUCAAAAUAAUGAGCAGGAGAGCAUAUCGGAGGUUGUGGAAGAGGCCAUAAAUGAUCAAAGGGAUAAUCUCACCCCUCGUGCUGAGAUCCUACUAAAAAUUGCUGAUUUACUCAGUUUGACAUCAAAUCAAGAGUUGCUGGCAGAGAGUGUGGCUCUGGAAAAAGAGAGAGUGAAGGCUGGAUGCAAGAAAAACAAUUGGGAGAUAGACCAUGUAGAUCAGAUGGUGAAUCUUGUUGCCCAUAUUCGUGAUUGGAUGGGUAAAUUUGAGCAAUUUGGGGAAAUAAAUGGUGUACCUGUUCCUUCAUACUUCCGUUGCCCACUGUCAUUGGAACUAAUGUUGGACCCAGUAAUUGUGGCCUCUGGACAGACGUAUGAGAGGGUUUUUAUCCAAAAGUGGCUCGAUCAGGGGCUUUCCAUUUGCCCCAAAACCCGACAAACUCUCUCACAUACAAAUCUCAUACCAAAUUACACUGUAAAGGCACUGAUAGCAAAUUGGUGUGAGGACAAUAAAAUAAGGAUUUUCAGUACUUCUGAUUGCAACUAUAUGUCAACCCCAUCCUUGUCUCAUAAUGUAUCUUCUCAUGAUUUUGUCCAUCAGGAUAGCCUCCAUGGUUCUUUGCAUAGCAGCAAUUCCACUUCAAGGUCCUCUCUGGGAGUCGGAAAUGGAUCUGAGAAGCAAAGGAUUGAUGAGGUCUCUCCCAGGUAUAGCGCAAACAAUUGCAAUGUAUGCAGCAGCAACGUAACUUCUAAAUGUGUCCAACCUUCGCCAGAACAGUUGUAUAUUCACAGCCGAAGUGAAUCAGACUCAAGUGCCAUUUCCAGCAUUGAGUAUAUGCCUAUGGCAAUGAUGACUGGUCUUACCGAAGAGCCAAGGGUGUUGAGUAAGCAAGUGGAUGCUAGUUUUUUGUCAGAAGUCAAAUCGGAGGGUCUGGCUUAUUCUCCAAAUAGAGAUUCGGGAUUUUCUCCAUGGUUGUCUGGGAAACAAUUUCAAAAAUCCAAGACAACGAUGGCAGUGGCUGAGGAUGGCAACAGGAAUCAUCAAAGAAGCCUUUCUCUUCCAUUUUCUGAUGCUGAAUUUGAUUAUUUAACCACUUCUUCCCAUGUUGAGAAAGUGGUUGAUGAUCUAAAGAGUCAAUCCAAUGAAGUGCAGACUGCUGCUGCAGCAGAGCUGCGGCUUCUUACAAAGCACAAUGUUGAGAACCGUAUCAUUAUUGCGCAGUGUGGAGCUAUUGAACCUUUGAUUUCAUUGCUCUAUUCAGCAGUGAAACUGACACAAGAGCAUGCUGUCACUGCCCUAUUGAACUUAUCAAUAAAUGAAGAUAAUAAAGCCUUGAUUGCGGAUGGAGGAGCUAUAGAACCACUUAUCCAUGUUCUCGAGUCAGGAAAUGCAGGGGCCAAAGAAAACUCUGCUGCAACUUUAUUUAGUCUAUCUGUAUUGGAAGAAUACAAGAUGAAAAUUGGUCGUUCCAAUGCAGUGAAGGCAUUGGUUGAUCUGCUAGGCUCUGGGACACUGAGGGGGAAGAAAGAUGCUGCUACUGCCUUGUUCAAUUUAUCGAUCUUUCAUCAGAACAAGGCACGCAUAGUCCAGGCUGGGGCUGUUAAGUAUCUUGUUGAGUUGAUGAAUCCUUCCACAAGUAUGGUUGACAAAGCUGUUGCUCUUCUUGCAAACCUCUCUACCAUUCCAGAGGGACGGUCUGCUAUUACUCGCGAAGGCGGCAUCCCAUUACUAGUUGAGGUUGCUGAAACAGGAUCACAGAGAGGAAAAGAAAAUGCUGCAUCCAUCUUGUUGCAGCUCUGCACUGAUAGCCAAAAGUUCUGUGCUCUGAUUCUGCAAGAAGGAGCAGUGCCACCUCUUGUUGCAUUAUCUCUAUCUGGGACACCAAGAGCAAAAGAGAAGGCACAACAGAUUCUUAGUCACUUCAGGAACCAGCGAGAGGGGACUGUUGGAAAGGCAAGUUCAUGACACGAGACGUGAAUAUUUUUUAGCUUUCUGUGAAAUUGGCCUUCCCAAGUGCAAUGGAUUUCUUUGAUCAACCAGAGUAUCUUGGCAUUCCAUUGAUUCCCUCAAAUGAAACUUUCUUGAGCAUGCAUGGAUACAAUAUAACAGAAUACAAAGUAUAGUCCAUCUCUCUCUCUUGGGCUUGAUCAAGGAAGUAGCCAGGUUAACUGUUAACCAGGAGUCAUUACUGAUUUUGUGGUACAUGUGUAUACUCCCUUUGUUAUUUGUUGUACCAUAAUGUUAUUGAAGUUAUAUUCUUUUAAACAUGAAAAUCUCGUGUGCACC